UUCUUUGCUAGAAAAAAUAAUAGUAGUCUAUGCUUAAAACAAGACUACAGAGAACUUUAUAAAUUCACAGUCAAAAAUAAAUAUCCAAUUCCUAAUUCCUGGAUGCUAAUGAAUAGAGUUAAAGAUACCAUAAUCUUUUUAAAGUUUAAUAUAUAA